AGAGGUCAUCUCCUAUCAGACACGUUCGAGUCUUAGGCAUAACUUGCAAUAGGUCACAGACAAUCAUUCGUCGUUGGUGCCGACGGCUAGAGCUUGGAACGAGGCGAACCCGAAUGCAGUAAAUAUACCCCCGGACGGCCUUCUCCGUUGUCUGGGAAGACAUUCCUAUCACGACGGGGGCAUCAUCAAGUACGAUCUUGUUCUCAACCUGAUCAGUUAUAUUCAUAGAAGGGCAAUCCCUUGUCUCAUUUUCGGUUUCAAGUGCUGGUUACAGGUCGAUUCGCUUACCGGCAGCAUGACGACGGUUGAUAGCACCCACUUCCUCGCCAAUGGCGGGUAUUUGCAGAAGGGCAGGGAGAAGAACCUGACGGCAACUGAUUUGGGCCGGAAGACGCAUGAUCUCGUGCCUUCACGGUACUAUCGCGACGAGAAGAUCUUUCAACUUGAGAAGAGAGCCUUGUUCUCGACGUUGUGGCAUGUUGCGAGCUUUACAGCCCGGUUCCAGAAACCUGGGGAUUACUUGACCAUGGAGAUGUUCGGCUGGAAUUUCUUCUUGAUAAAGGAUAAGGAUGGGAACAUCAAUGCUUUCCACAAUAUCUGUCGGCACCGAGGCCAUCCCGUCACGCAGAAGACCAGCGGAUCGAGUACCAUUUUGGCAUGCCGCUUUCAUGGCUGGUCGUAUUUGCCGACUGGCGAACUGCAUAAAGCAAGGGAAUAUACCAACUUGCCAGACUUUGACCCGAAGGCUCAUUCGCUUUUCAAAAUUCACACUCACGUCACGCCGCAAGGAUUUAUCUUUGUCAAUUUCGACUCGAGAGAUACUCCUGCGGUGAGCUUUGAGGAGCAGUUUGGCGAUGACUUUGAGCCUCUCCCACAAUCACAGACCGGGAAGGAGAUUGGGAAUGAAUUUGCCUUGUUUCCCAAUGAUGGCUGGGAGUAUGAUCACACCUGGAACAGCUCGGUUGCUGGGACUGAAUUCAACUGGAAGACUUUUGCCGACGGAUUCCAAGAGUGCUACCAUUGCCAGACCGGCCACCCGACGACUUUGCCUAAAGACUUUGCCCUCGAUCAGUAUUAUCUGCGGCAAGGUAUCGGAGCAUCUCGACAUUUUUUGCCGCCCAAGAGAGAAGGGUUGUCCGAAGCAUACAUCACCUGGUUAUAUCCGGUCGGGGUUGUGACAUUCAGUGACAACCUGCUGUUUAUAGGAAGGUUCAACGCCACUGGUGCAUUAGAGACGUCCUACGACAGCGAGACCUAUCGGAGGUCGAGUAUGCAGAAGCCUAGUGCCGAGUAUGACCAUUGGAUGAAUCACGACAUUGCUUAUUGGCGAUUUGUCGAGACCGAGGACGUCGAGCUGGCGGUCAACGCGCAAAAGGGAUUCAAAAGCGGGGUUCUGGGCGUAGGGAAGCUGCACUCCGUUGAAGAACGAGAGAAAGCGGAAGGUAGAAACAUCGACUUUGCCAUCCCACGAGGACAGGCCGAGGCGGUGGAAGCGGAUACCUUGUGCAAGCUGGUUGGAGCGGAAUAUGAAUGGUGAAAGAGAGAAGGGGAUGGUAGAUCAAACAGUCUGUGGAACUAUCAAACUAUCCACAUGCCUGUAGAUAGUGCAGAUCUAAAGUGUGUAUGGGUUGUACAUGGUUGUACGAGUAGAUACGAGUUUGGAGCGAUAGGAUUGAUCAAGUGAGGUUGGUGUGACCUAUAGGUGUCAUGAAGGGAGAUCGUGGUGUUUACGCCGGCAAGGAAGCCGUGUAUUGGCAUUGGUGUAGGUGGAGAAAGAUACCGGCAUCGAUACGUCAUUCUCAACAAAAGCGAUUACGCGGCUCCUAUCUUAAGGCUUGAAAGCUUCU